AUGGAUGAUCUUGAGUCAGAACUGAGGGUGCCAGGUGAACUGGGCGAAAAUGAGUCUUCAGAUGAUGAAUCAAUCAACAGAAAACGAAUCAAGAAGCCAAACCUUCCCCUGGCGCCUCCUAUAUUUAAAGGUACUUUAUAAAAUACAGUGUGUAGACGAAUAUGUGAACAGCUAGUUUAUUAGCUUGACAAUGUUCUACCUGUGGCUGUGAUGUUUAUGCUUGCUCUGGACCCAUCGCGCCACGAGAACAAUGCACGACGCCCUGGACCAGAGCUAUAUUUAUGCCUGAUUAUUGUGUUCAUCAUUGUGUAAGAUGCUCUCUUCUUAGUCCUAUUAACCAGUCUGUCUCCUGUAUCAUCACAGAGAAACCCUGUGAGACUGGUUUUCACAAGACCACAAGGAACUGCCUCCAGCACAUCAGGGAGGCCCUGCUGCACCAUAGAUGGCAGAAAGCUGCCGAGUACAUGUCCAGUUACUCACAAACACUGGAGGACACAACUGCAAACAUGCCACAACUCUACGCUGAGGUAAGUAUAUCGUUGCUCUGACUAAACACUAACAAAAAUAACUCAGAAGUACUAUAGAAAUGUUAAAUCAGAUUUCUUCAAACGUUGUCCUUCAGAUCAUUUGGAGGAUAGGCACAGAGAUACUACACCACCAUCCCGACUCAAAGCUGGAAGACUACAACAGUUUCUAUGAGCGAGUGAAACACUCAGGAGUAAAACAUUACCUGAAAGUAUGUUCAUUCUUAUGUUCUUUGCUUGACCUAUGCAUUCAUUUUUUUUUUACUAUCACCUCUCCUAAAGUACCCUAAGUCAAUAGGUUAAAAAAGUCAAUAUAGGACAAAGUCAAUACUUUUUUAUAUGUUUUGAGCCAGUAUGACACCUUCAAAAACAAACAAAUGGAUGGAAUAUGUAAACAAUGUGUUUUAACAUGGAAAUGUAUGUGAAUGUACAUUGAGGAAGUGUUUUGUCCAGUAGGUCUGUCUGGAGCACUCGUUCCACCUCCUGGUGAAUGGGCAGUUUGAGGACGCCAAGCGUCAGCUGUCCAUUGCUGAGAGCUGGCGGUACGGCAAGCAGUCAGCCGAUCAGUCCCAGCGGAUUAAGUUGAUCCAGGCCUACAGUGGCUUCCUGGAUUACAUCAUCUGGUGUGAAAAAAAAGCCACUGUCUCCAGCACAGGUAAGAGGAUACCUGCCAACCCCCAAGCAUCCAUUAUUCAUUGAUUUCAAUUACAUUGGGAUAGUAGAAAUCUUCAUGUUGUGUUACAUCACCAUCUACUGGAAAGAUAAUGUAACUGUCUUUGGGGACAUUUUUUUAAAUUUUUAUUUCACCUUUAUUUAACCAGGUAAGCCAGUUGAGAACAAGUUCUCAUUUACAACUGCGACCUGGCAUAAUUCCAAUGCAUUUCAAACAUCAUGGUAAAACAAAGAGUAACCAGACCCUGAGGUGCCUUGGCUUAGCAUGGACUUUGACAUUAUUAUUUCAGAUGAGUAUGAUGCAGGUGUCAAUCAAGAGAUGCACAGCUACUUCCGCCAAUCCUCUGUGAACCUGAAGGAGAUCAUGAAGCUUCCUGGUGUCUGGGAUCCUUUUGUUCUGAGUUACAUUGAUGUAAGUACUAGUUUGAGAAAACAUUUCAAAACAGAAUGGGACGGUAUAACCUGAACUUGACACAUAUUUUCAUUUUACGUUUCAAAGAGAUUUGCUACGAUUUGCCCUACUGAACACGACCCCUGGCAUCCCUUUUUCCCAUCAUUGAACUACGUUCCCUUAUCAGACUACAUUUUUACAUUUUAGUCAUUUAGCAGAUGCUCUUAUCCAGAGCGACUUACAGUUAGUGAGUGCAUACAUUUCCAUACUGGCCCCCCGUGGGAAUCGAACCCACAACCCUGGCGUUACAAGCGCCAUGCUCUACCAACUGAGCUACACAGGGCCUGUGUACCUAUGAUGAGCUAAUGUUUUGACUUGUGUGUGUCAAUGGCAGAUGCUGGAAUUCUACAACGAUCACGAGGGAGCUGUGAAAGUUCUAAAUGACUACGCCUAUGACAACAAUUUGCCCCCCAACCCCAAUGCCCAUGUCUACCUCUACCGGUACAUGAAGAAACACGACCACCCAUCAAAGAAACUGCUCAAAGUGCUGAAGGUAGGACUGAGGCCAUUGUUCUUGACAAAGGUAUCUAGCAGAAACGAUGGGCACUGGCUUCUGUUUCUGUUUGUUUAAACUUUAUUUUGUAUUCAAUUAAAAUCUUAUAUAUUUUUUUGAGGUGUGCCCUUUCCUUUUACAAUGUAGAGUAUUCUAGGAAAGGCACCAAAGAGGGUGUGUGAAUGGGAGUAGGUGGGAAUCGUACUCACAAAACAUUAUUGUUAAUUUAGCUGUAUGUUUAUAGUUGGCUUAUUGAAUGUUAAAUUAAGCCAUGGAAAAUAAUGUUUGCCUUAGGUUGACCUCCCUAAAAAAAGUAAUUACAGUACUUUUGAUAGAUGUAAUUGCUAAGCUCUAGGCUACAGUUAGUCCUGCACUCCUCUGCCCUCUGAAUAGCAUACUAGUACAGUAAUGUUUAAUUAGUCCAUGUUUUCUAUUACAUUUGCCUUAGAUCCUGCAUACAUUGGUCCCAAGUCAUGAGUUAAUGCUGGAAUACUGUUCUCUUCUGCUACAAUCCGGUAAGUGUGUGUGUUUUAUAUAUUUGCUUUUCAGUGUCUUAAAAGGACCCAAUGCCCUAGGGCAGGCAUGCGCAACUCCAGUCCCCGGGGGCCUGAUUGGUGUCACACUUUUCCUCCAGCCUUGUAGCCAACACACCUGAUUAAACAAAUUGCAUUCUAAACUGAAGAUGAUGAUUAGUUGAUUAUUGGAGUCAGGUGUGAUAACAGGGGCUGGGGCGAAAGUGUGUCAUCAAUCAGGCCCCCGAGGACUGGAGUUGCCCAUCCCUGCCCUAGGGUGUAAUAUGUAAAAAAAUCUUGAUGUUUUCGUCAUGUUUCUAUCAUCUCAGGGGCUUUUACAUGAAGAUGAAUGUGUUUGGUGGAUGCACCUUUCACACUGACGGUGUUCAUAGUAAAGGGGGAGUCUAUUUGUUUCAGACAAAGAGGGGGAUCUUCAGAAGGCUCUAGGUGUGGUUCUGGAUCUCCUGGACUACGCCAGUUGGAGGAGCAACUUGGAUGUCUGGAACCAUUUGAUGACCAUCAUCAAGAGGCUGAGGCUCAGGUAAGGAUGGCUGCAUGAAUCCAUACUAUUCUCUCUCAAAAGGAUGAUUUUGAAGUUCCUCUCCAUUCAAAUUAAUUAAAGUCAGCUUACAUUGCUUGUAUCUCUUCUCAUUGCUAAUUGACAACAUUUGUGAUAUGUUUCCUUUUCAAUACUUAUAAUUCCACUGGUUGAUAUUUUCCUUUAGAAAACAAUGGCUGAAGCUUGUUGAAGAGGAGAUGGCGAACAGAAAGGACUGGUGGCUAGCAAUGCACUUCACAACAUUCCAGGCCAGGAGAGACUUGGCAGUGAAUAGAGAGCUACUGGAAGUGAAGCGCUUUGUGGUUGGAGCCUUUUGUCCUCGCUGUAAGUAAAUCUACCACAGUAACACUUUUAUUUAUUUUUUAUUUUCUUGAGUAUUACUUUCUUCCAGUUGUGUGAGAUUGAGACUUCCUUAUUGUCACUAUUUGCGGCCUUGGCACUAUGUGGCCAAAUAUACAAUUAAUUUAAGAAUACAUGUUUACUACCUUGAAUCACCAUUAUUGGCUGUCCUUAGGUCUUGUUCAUUCUAGGUCCUUCUGGUUCUUAUAGUGGAAAAUUAGCAGUAUGACAUCUUAUGUAGUUUAAUCCAUUGUUGUUUCUUUUGCCAGAUGCUUCCAUGUACUGUGGUGUUGGUAAGGAAACCCGAAAAGGAGUUACUUCUGAGGCGCAGAAGACUAAAAGGUCCAAGAAGGCCGAGAAGGAUAAGGAAUCCAAGACAGCUAAGAAGGCUCAGAAGAGAACACGGAAAGCAAAGUCCAGACUGACUUUGAGAAAGCUCCUGGAACGGCGCCGGGCACAUCGGCAAGAACAGAAAUGUUUUAAAGAUGCGUGA